AAAGGUGUACAUUGGAAAGUUGAACAUGAUCCUUGUUCAGAUCCUGAAGCAGGAGUGGCCCAAGCACUGGCCCGCAUUCAUCAGUGACAUCGUGGGGGCCAGUCGCACCAGCGAGAGUCUUUGUCAGAACAACAUGAUCAUCUUAAAGCUGCUCAGUGAGGAGGUCUUUGAUUUCUCCAGUGGCCAGAUGACCCAGGUCAAAGCCAAGCACCUGAAGGACAGCAUGUGCAAUGAAUUUGCACAGAUAUUCCAGCUGUGCCAGUUUGUUAUGGAAAACUCCCAGAAUGCCCCUUUGGUUCACGCCACCUUGGAGACCCUUCUACGUUUUCUCAACUGGAUCCCACUGGGCUAUAUUUUUGAAACCAAGCUCAUCAGUGCCUUGGUGUACAAGUUCUUGAAUGUACCGAUGUUUCGAAACGUGACGCUGAAGUGCCUGACGGAGAUUGCUGGAGUGAGCGUGAACCAGUAUGAGGAGCAGUUCGUGACCCUCUUCACGCUGACCAUGUGUCAGCUCAAACAGAUGCUGCCUCUGAACACCAACAUUCGUCUGGCUUAUGCCAAUGGGAAAGAUGACGAGCAGAACUUCAUUCAGAACUUAAGUCUGUUCCUCUGUACGUUCCUUAAAGAGCACGGGCAGCUUAUCGAGAAGCGCCUAAACCUCCGAGAGACAUCAAUGGAGGCCCUCCACUAUAUGCUCCUGGUGUCAGAGGUUGAAGAAACUGAGAUCUUCAAAAUUUGUCUGGAGUACUGGAACUACUUGGCUGCUGAGCUUUACAGAGAGAGUCCGUUCUCCACAUCGACAUCCCCUCUGCUCUCUGGGAACCAGCACUUUGAUGUUCCACCUCGUAGACAGCUGUAUCUUCCAGUCCUCUCCAAGGUGCGUCUGCUCAUGGUUAGUCGAAUGGCCAAACCUGAGGAAGUCCUGGUGGUGGAAAAUGACCAGGGUGAGGUCGUCAGAGAGUUCAUGAAGGACACAGAUUCCAUCAAUCUGUACAAGAACAUGAGAGAAACCCUCGUGUAUCUCACUCAUUUGGACUAUGCGGACACAGAACGCAUAAUGACAGAAAAGCUUCACAACCAGGUCAAUGGUACCGAAUGGUCCUGGAAAAAUCUGAAUACGUUGUGCUGGGCCAUUGGAUCUAUCAGUGGGGCGAUGCAUGAGGAGGAUGAGAAGAGGUUCCUUGUUACUGUCAUCAAGGAUCUUCUGGGUCUGUGUGAGCAGAAACGAGGGAAGGACAACAAGGCCAUCAUCGCCUCCAACAUCAUGUACAUCGUUGGCCAGUAUCCACGCUUCCUCCGAGCUCACUGGAAGUUCCUCAAAACGGUCGUCAACAAGCUCUUUGAGUUCAUGCAUGAGACCCAUGAUGGAGUUCAGGACAUGGCUUGUGACACCUUCAUUAAGAUAGCCCAGAAGUGCAGACGCCAUUUUAUCCAGGUGCAAGUUGGAGAAGUGAUGCCGUUCAUUGAUGAGAUAAUAAACAACAUCAACACAAUCAUCUGUGACCUCCAGCCUCAACAGGUGCAUACGUUCUAUGAAGCAGUAGGUUACAUGAUCGGAGCCCAGACAGACCAGGCUGUCCAGGAGCACCUAAUAGAAAAGUAUAUGCUGCUCCCUAAUCAAGUGUGGGACAGCAUCAUACAGCAGGCCACCAAGAAUGUUGACAUCCUGAAGGACCCAGAAACUGUAAAACAGCUUGGCAGCAUCUUAAAGACGAACGUCAGAGCCUGCAAGGCUGUGGGACACCCAUUUGUUAUUCAGUUGGGACGGAUUUACCUGGACAUGCUGAACGUCUACAAGUGCCUCAGUGAGAACAUUUCUGCUGCCAUUCAGACAAAUGGUGAGAUGGUGACAAAACAGCCCCUGAUCCGAAGUAUGAGAACUGUGAAACGAGAAACUCUGAAACUGAUCUCAGGCUGGGUCAGCCGAUCCAAUGAUCCACAGAUG